AUUUCGGAGCCGGAUCUGCGGUUUAGCCGAGCACGAUGGCCCGUUAUUGCGAGUCGACGUCGGUCGCGCUGAUUUUGGGGUGCGCGCUUGUUCUGAUUGGGGCGCAAACCACGCAGAAGGGGGGUGAUGAUCAGGUUUAUUUGAUCAGCGAUCUUUCCGGGGAGAAAGUGGUCGGAAAAGGGGGUGAAAAUGAAGUUUCGGGACACGGUUUGGUGUUGGGGAAGCCGAUUCCUUUGAGCGAGGCUGGGGAUGGCGUGUACUUUAGGCCGGCUAAUGGUGCCAAGGUAGAAGGAGAGCAUUUCGUCGUACUACCACUCUCCGAUUCGAAAUCGCGCAAAAAGAGAUACGGCAGCUUCAAAAGCGGUAGCUACGGAAGCAGUUACGGCUCAAGUGGUGCCGGAGGUGGCUACGGAGGCGGUUUUGGUGGUGGAUUUGGAGGUGGCGGAGGAGGAGGCGGCGGUGGUGGAGGUGGAUUUGGCGGCGGCGGAGGUCUUGGCGGUAUCGACGGAUUAGGAAACUUUUUGAGUGGACUGGCUGGUGGAAAGGGAGGUGGAGGAGGUAUUGGAGGCGGUUAUGGAGGAGGACUCGGUAGAGGUAGUGGUGGCAGUGGCGGCUUUUCAGGAGGUUCAGGUGGUCAUUCAGGAGGAUACAGUGGUAGUUCGUCAGGCUCUUAUGGAGGUGCGGGUGGUGCCGGAACCGGAGGAGGUUUUGGUAGUGGCGGAGGACUUGGAGGGGGUGGAGGACUUGGCGGAGGCGGAGGCGGAGGACUUGGAGGUGGACAUGGAGGUUCAGGAGGUUUAGGUCAUGGUGGUGGAGGUUCCGGAGGUGCAGGAGGUCAUGGAGGAGGAGGUUCAGGAGGCUUCGGAGGUGGUAGUGCUGGAGGUGGUGGAUUUGGAGGAGGUGGGGGAGGUGGCCUUGGAGGUGGAGGAGGUCAUGGAGGAUCAAGUGGAGGAAGUGGAGGAUUUGGAGGUGGCGGCCAUGGAGGAGGUUCAGACGGAUAUGCCACAGGACAAGUGUCAAUAAUAGGAGGUGGCAAAGGAGGCAGUGGUGGAUUCGGAGGAGGCCAAGGCGGAGGCGGCGGCGGCGGUCUUGGAGGAGGUGGAGGUCUUGGCGGAGGUGGAGGAGGUUACGGCGGGGGUAGCAGCGGCGGAUACGGUGGAUCAAGUGGUGGCGGAUACGGUGGAGCAAGUGGAGGCGGAUUUGGAGGAGCAGGGGGAUACGGAGGUGGAAAAGGUUUCGGCGGAGGUGGUGGUCUUGGAGGCGGAGGUGGCCUUGGAGGUGGAGGCGGAGGUGGACUUGGAGGAGCCGGGGGUCACGGAGGUGGCCUUGGAGGUGGAGGCGGAGGUGGACUUGGAGGAGCCGGAGGUCACGGAGGUGGUUACGGUGGCUCAGGUGGAUCCGGUGGGGGUGCAUACAGUGGAUCUAGUGGAGGUGGAUAUGGUGGAAAAGGACUAGGAGGUGGUCUGGGCGGAGGCGGCGGAGGUGGAUUUGGAGGAGGUGGCGGUGGAGGUCUCGGUGGUGGAGGCGGUUUAGGAGGAUCAGGAGGAAGUGGAGGAUAUGGAGGCCAUAGUGGAGGUGGCGCUGGAGGAUAUGGCGGUCAUGGUGGAGGUGGUUACGGAGGCGGAGGUGAUGGUGGAUGUUCCGGAGGUUGUGAUGGAGGAGCGGGUGGAAAAAGUGGUGGUUAUGCAUCUGCAAGUGCAUCAGCAUCAGCGUCAGCAAAAAGCGGAAGCUAUGGAAGAUGAGAAAAAUCAUUGUGAUACCUCCAAUCGUCCAUGAGUUGCCAGUUAUAAUAUAAGACUAGAUAUAAGAAAACCUAUUUUUGUAUUGUGUUUAAGGAAAAGUAAAUAAACGUUUAAUUUUGUUUAA